AAGGCGGGCGGUCGCGGCGGGACGGCUGCCCCGGGUCGGCGGGGCCUGCCGGGAGCAUGGCUGCCCGGGAGGCGGGAGGCGUCGUGCUGGGCAAGUCCGCCGAUAAGCUCUUCUCUCUGAGCGGGCUGUUCGCCGUGUACAAGCCCAAGGGGCCCACCUCGGCCGGCGUGCUCAACCUCCUGAAGGAGAGGCUGCUGGCAGAAGCUGGUGUGCAAACAAAUGGGAACAAAAGAAAUCAGGUUUUGAAAAUUGGACAUGGUGGAACUUUGGACAGUGCAGCAGCAGGAGUUCUGGUGGUUGGUAUUGGAAAAGGAACAAAAAUGCUGAGAACUAUGUUGGCAGGUUCCAAGAAGUACACUGCUAUUGGACUACUGGGCAAAGCUACUGAUACAUUGGAUGCUACAGGAAAAGUAACUGAAGAAAAACCUUAUGACCAGAUAACAAAAGGAGAUCUUGAAAAUGUGCUGCAAAAGUUCACAGGGGACAUAAUGCAGGUUCCUCCACUCUAUUCUGCUUUGAAGAAGGAUGGAGAAAGGCUAUCAACUCUGAUGAAGAGAGGAGAAGCAGUUGAGGCAAAGCCUGCUCGGCCAGUAAGAGUGUACAGCCUCUCUCUCCAACAGUUCCAGCCACCGCUGUUCACACUGGAUGUUGAAUGUGGUGGUGGCUUUUAUGUCAGGAGCCUGGUCAGUGACAUUGGCAAAGAACUCUCUACCUGUGCCACUAUGCAAGAGCUGACCCGAACCAAACAUGGGCCAUUUACGCUAGAGGAGCAUGCCCUUUAUGAAGACAAAUGGACAAUUGAUGAAAUUGCACGAUCCUUAGAGCAUUGCACGUCUCUUCUCCCGGGAGAGCCAUCUCAUAAAAAAUUGAAGACAGAGCAUCCUGGUGAAACUGCUGUGAGCUGUGAAGAUAAGUGAUACGUGGGGUCAAGGAAAAAGACUGAAUGAUUGAGACAUUUUAAGAUUGGAUUGUGUUGCGUCCUGUGUAAAUUUAAAAGUCUGUACCGGGAGGGUGACAAACUGCAGUGCAAGAAAAAUGGUUCUUUUGUUUCUGGGUUUAGAACAUGUACUGAAAAUGUCCAGCGCUUGCUGUUUCCUGAUCUGUUUAUUUCCCUUGUUGCACACUGUAAAUGGGUCUGCCACUGAUGUCAAAUCUUCAUAAACUUUUAAAGAACUUGCAGGGUGCAAUAUAGCUUUUGUUACUAAUUCCUCUAAAAAAAAAAAUAUAAACCUUAAGGUUUGCUAAAUGUGCUCCAAAAAAAAUUCUUUUUUUUAUUUAUAGCUGCUAAUCAAACCCUGAAAUACCACGGUGACAGGACUGUCAGAGCUUGAAGGCUUUCUUAAAAUCCAUUCCAGGAAUCAUAGAAUGGUUUGGGUUGGAAGGGACCUUAAAGAUCAUCUUGUUUGAAUGCCCCUGCCAUGGGCAGGGACACCUUCCACUAGACCAGGUUGCUCAAAGCCCCAUCCAACCUGGCCUUGAACACUUCCAGGGAUGGGGCAUCCACAGCUUCUCUGGGCAACCUGUUCCAGUGCCUCACCACCCUCACAGUAAAGAAUUUCUUCCUUACAUCUAAUCUAAAUCUGCCCUCCUUCAGUUUAAAGCCAUUACCCCUUGUCCUGUCACUACCUGCCCUUGUAAAAAGUCCCUCCCCAGCUUUCCUUAUAGCCCCCCUUUAGGUACUGGAAGGCUGCUCUAAGGUCUCCCCAGAGCCUUCUCUUCUCCAGGCUGAACAACCUGAACUCUCUCAGCCUGUCUUUAUAGGAGGGUGCUCCAGCCCUCUCAUCAUCUUCGUGGCCUUCCUCUGGACUUGCUCCAACAGGUGCAUGUCCUUCUUAUGUUGGGGGCCCCAGAGCUGGAUGCAGUACUCCAGUUGAGGUCUCACGAGAGUGGAGUAGAGGGGGAGAAUCACCUCCCUCGACCUGCUGGUCACGCUUCUCUUGAUGCAGCCCGGGAUACGGUUGGCUUUCUGGACUGCAAGCGCACAUUGCUGGGUCAUGUUGAGCUUCCUGUCAACCAACACCUGCAAGUCCUUCUCCUCAGGGCUGCUUUCAAUCCACUCAUUGCCCAGCCUGUAUUUGUGCUUGGGAUUGCCCUGAUCCAUGUGCAGGACCUUGCACUUGGCCUUGUUGAACUUCAUGAGGUUUCUCAUGGGCCCACUCUCAAGACUGUCAAGGUCCCUCUGGAUGGUAUCCCUUCCCUCCAGCCUGUCGACCACACUACACAGUUUGGUAUUGUUGGCAAACUUGCUGAGGGUGCACUCAAUCCCACUGUCCAUGUCACCGGCAAAGAUGUUAAACAGCGCCGGUCCCAGUACCGACCCCUGAGGAACACCACUUGUCACUGGUCUCCACGUGGACAUCGAGCUGUUGACCACAACUCUUUGAGUGCGACCGUCCAGCCAAUUCCUUAUCCACCAAGUGGUCCUUCUGUCAAAUCCAUGUCUCUCCCAUUUAGAGACAAGGAUGUCAUGCGGGACAGUGUCAAAUGCUUUGCACAAGUCGAGGUAGAUCUUCCCUUAUCCACCAAUGCUGUAACCCCGUCAUAGAAGUUCACCAAAUUUGUCAGGCACGAUUUGCCCUCAGUGAAGCCAUGCUGCCCGUUACCAAUCACCUCCUUAUUUUCCAUGUGCCUUAGCAUAGUUUCCAGGAGGAUCUGCUCCAUGAUCUUGCUGGGCACAGAGGUGAGACUGACAGGCCUGUAGCUCCCUGGGUGUUCCUUUUUUCCCUUUUUAAAAAUGGGGUGAUUUUUUCCCUUUUCCAGUCAGUGGGACCUUCACCGGACUGCCAUGACUUCUCAAAUAUGAUGGAUAGUGUCUUGGACACUUCAUCCGCCAGUUCCCUCAGGACCUGUGGAUAUACCUCGUCAGGUCCCAUGGACUUGUGUACCUUCAGGUUCCUUAGAUAGUUUUCAACCUGAUCUUCUCCUAUGGUGGGUGGUUCUUCAUUCUCCCAGUCCCUGCCUUUGCCUUCUGUGACUUGGGUGGUGUGGCUGGAGCACUUGCCAGUUAAGACUGAGGCAAAAAGUCCAUUUUACUGUAGUUUUUCCUAUGCAGAUUCUUUCAGUCAAAUGUUACUCAAAAUGCAUUAAAUCUAGAUCUAGUGUGAAAUACCAGUGUAAGUGAAUAGUUUCAAGUAUAAACAAUUCCUGAAGGUAACUUUGAUAAAAAGUGUUCUGAAGAGUGCAGUCAUCAUUACAGGUGUACAUAUCUUAUCCUGGUACAAUGUCCCAAUUGGUGACCAUCCAUAAUUUAAAGUAUAGUUAACUGUUAUGCCCUUCAUAGGGCUUAUGGAAUUUACUUUUGCCAUCUGUGUGUAUUGCUUGAGCUGUGUCCCAUAUGCUGCAUUUUAUGUCUUUGUCUGCACCUUACAAAAAGCAAUUUCUCUGUGUGCUGGUAUUAUGUGAAAUGAUCAAGUUCCACCCUUACUUUCAAUCUAAGAAAUGAAAUAAAUAUCCUGAAGUUUCUCAUUGCAGGAUACCUUUUCAGAUAUCUAUAGGGUUUUUUUGUUUUCUAUACAAUAAGAAACUGAAGUCUAUGCAAGAUUAAUGAAGCUUUUGUUUAGAGGGAGGAUAGAAUUUAUAUUUUAUUGUUCAGUAAACAGUUUUCUUCUUUGUAUAUUCUUAGAAAGAACUUAAGCAAGUGUUGAAAAUGUCACAAGCAAAUUGAAAUGUUAGAGCACUGUAGCAGCAGCAUAUUUAAUGUACAAUAUGGAUGAAGUAACCAUUGUAAGAAAUUUUAAUUUCAGAGACGGGAGAAGAGAGUUGUGUUCAGUAAGAGAACAGUGGGAGAUUUUAGUUGUUUCUUUUCAGGGUAGGUUUUUUGGUACUUCGGAUAGAAACAGAGAAGAAAGAGAUUAUUUCCUAAAGAAAUCAAAUACAGCAGAAAAUUUCAUUUUUCCAGUAUACUUAUCUUGAAUGAUCAAACACUUUGAUUGAAACACAGCUUCUCUUAUUGUCUAAAUCUGUAUUUUUCCAAGAACCUAAUUUAUGUUAUCCCAGUGGUCUCCUAGAUUAAGCUCUUAUUUUAUUUAUCUUUCUGCUUUUUUAAAAAUAGACUAGUAGAUAUAAUUCUAUUAGUCUACUUGUUUCAUCUACAGGGAUUUGUUUCUUUAAAAAUUAGUGCAAUUGAGAAAUAUUUCUAUUAAUAGGGUACAUUUGUAUACAGUGUUAUAAGUGUCUAGCACAUUUUUUAUCUCAUCUGUUUGUUUAAUGCUCACUGUGGCUUUCUUGCUAUUCCAUGUAAGACCCCCUGAUAUUUUUAAUUUAAAAAGGAGAAUUAUAUUUUCAUCAGCUUUUAGGUUAGCUUGCAACUGGUCUGUUGUAAUUAUUGCUAACAGAUCUGUGAUCCUGAGAAGACAGUAUCUGUUCUAUAGUCUAGUCACUCGAGAGAAAUGAAAUGGCAAUCCAAAGAAAGCAUCCUGUUGACAUCAGCAAAUUUUGGUUCAGGCUGCAAGCCCUAAAUGCAUAUGGAAAGCAUAGGGAAAGAAGGAAUGCAGUUGUACGCAUUCAGGAAUCUGCAUAAGGUGGGUAGAUAGUGUUUCUAAAGACUUGAGGUAUCUUUCAAUUUACGAAUGCAACUUCCCUCAAUGCCUUUAUUCCUCUGUAGCAAGUAGAGAGACUUUCACCAGCUGAACUUUUUUUUCCUGGGAUUCCUCUCAUCUUCGCCAACGCUAGGUUCUGUUAUCUUCAGAAAUAAAGGCAGAACUUCUUUAUCUCAAAUUAGUGACAAACAUCUCCCCACAUAACUUGUACUGAACAGAAGCUAUUUCACUUCCAAGUUGGUAGCCAGUAUGUUUGGUUGUAGUUGUAAAUGGCUGGAUAGCAUGCAAAACUAUGGCAGACAGCAGAUAGGUGUUCUUAGAAGACACAGUGUAAAGAGUGCAUAAAGUCAUGAACAAAUUAUGCAAUAACAGCUUUUUUUAUGACCACUGAUGCUUGUCAGCCUCAUUCCAGCCUGAAACAGUUGAGCUAUCUUUUCAGACUUUCAGACUCCUCUGGCUACUAACCAGCAUCUUUCCUAGGUGCUCGGCCUCACUUGCAUGCUCUUUCCUUGGUACCCCUGUCCUUUAAUGGGUCUCUGCCACUUGAGCCAUUAGUCCCUGUGAAUAGUAACUGGGAAGCCACUGAAAAAUCUAGGAAUAGCUUUUUUAGAUAUGUUUUAGUAAGUGUUUAACUCAGUAUCUUGAAACUAUCCAGAUCUGGAAGUAAGUGUUGUGUUCCCAUGGGAACCUAGGGAAAUAGUCAUUUUAACUUCUUUGUUCUUAUUAGCAUGCAUGUCCCUGAGAUACCAGACUUCAGAAUUGUGGUAUACCCACAAAAAAAUAGUUUUUUCCAGAACAAAAUAUCCCAUGAUCUUGAAUCUUGAUUGGUGACAGUCAUGAUGUCUCAACAUUAAGGGCUAUUUAGAGUGAGAGGAAAAGUGUGUACACAAUAUUCCUGAGACUAGUAGAAGAGUUAGUACUGAGUGCCCAGCUGAGACAAAUGGUAGUUAAUAGGAAUUUUGUGCUACUCUGCCUGGAAAAUAUGCAUAUGUCUGUGAUUUACCAUUUAAAAUAUAUCCGUGACAAAGACUGAAAGAUUUGUCUCAUUUUAAUGAGUGUUGUUCACAGAAUUCCUGAUAGAAAGGCGUGUCCCGCUUUUUGAGCUGAAUAUUGUCUGUCUUGAAUUUGGACUUGUGAUCUUUAGUCCAUAGUAGUAUGCUACCAUAGUCUGGCCCUGACUCUGCCCUAGUGUUAGUGCUGCUUCAAUGAGAUUGACAAGGGCUUCAUAAUUUAUCUCCUUCUAAUGUCUCUGCCUGGCUGGCUCUCUUUCUUCCUUAUUUAAAUGGUAGUUUUUCUAUGCACGUCAUAAUAUAUUUCUGCUGCCAGCGUGUUGAGCACUUUUUUAAUGUUUUGUAAGCAAAAUCAAUAGGAUCCUUUUUUUUAUAUUAAUCAAGUCUGAGCCAUUAGCAAAAUAUUCUAGGAGCGCCUUCAUCAAUAACUAAGCAUUUAGCAUCUUACCCUGCAGUUCUGUUUUUGAUUUAUAUGUUUAUUAGAAGAAAAAGAAGUCAAACUUUGAAUAACUCCCCAAAACCUUAGGAUUUUAUUUUUUAGUGUAAUAGAUGGUGAAGUUGCUAUUCUGAGCAUGAAUGGCUCUGAGACUUUAACGGCUAGGGUCAUUCUGUUUACUUGGCAGAGUCAAGGAAUCAGUUGGCAACAGUAUUAAUUUCAUUAAAAAGACCUUAGAGAGACAAAGCGAGAGUCCACUUGUGUGUAUGUGAGAGUGUGACUACAAUAUACAACCAGAGGGAAGUCACAGAGACAGUGAAUGGAUUCAGCCAGCCUGGGCAAAAUUACUGUCCGUAUUAAAAAGCAGUCAUUGUUUCUAAUAGCCAUGGGUUUAUUUUGCUUCUUCGUGAGACCUGAUUAAGUAAGGAUUAAGUAAAUCACCAAUACUUAAGAGCAUGUCAAACAAGCAGUUUUGUCAUCUGGAUGCUUAUGUCUCCACCCUGGGUGAUGAGAUGGCACAUCUUUUCUUACUGACUCUGAGAUCAGCUGCUAAGAUCAUAUAGGUGUUGAACAGGCAAAGCAAGAAGCUGGUAACUGGGAGCAGAUGGUGUCAUUGCUCGGGACAAAAAAUGGACUAUAUUGCAAGAAGAAAACCAUAUUUUUUUCCAGUUCUGUUUUUGGGGAAGUGUUGGAGACACUGCCGUGGCUCAGAGAAAGCAUUAGCAUGGCUGCCCAAGACAAGCCUAACGUUUUUGUUAUGGGUGUGAAUGUCUCGGACUUUAAUCCUCUUCCUUCCUCACCUCUAGCUCAAAGAAGUGGCGUUAAAUCAAAGCAGCAGCCUCUCCCCAACUUUCCCAUGUCACAUUGCUGUGUGUGUUGUGGAUGCUGAAACAAUCCGAUGCUCAAACUCUGGGCUGUAGAAGGGCUUAUGUAGCUUGUCCCAGAAGUUAACAAUAACUGGGAAUGAGUAGGAUGAGAAAUGAGCGUAUUCAUCUUAGGUUACAGCUCUGUGCCUGGCCUUUCUACUUUGCAUCCCAUUAACUUACCUAAUGUUUGUGGCAGUUCAUCCUAAAACUCUCAUCCUCGCUUUUGAAUUCCUUUCCAGGUACAUGUAGGCCUUGGGAAAGCGUGGAGCUAAAAUGCUGUGUAGUUUCUGGGGGGACAGGAAAGCUGGUAACAAAGUAGAACCGGAGAGGGUGAGGUGUGUCUGGUCCGUUUCUUACCUUUUCAUAAAAAAGAUAUAGUCCUGAAUGCUUUAGUGCCAUUUCUAUGGGACAUAGGAUUAUUUUAGAUAUUUUGGAAUUAAGUACUUCAAAGACAGAUCUGCAGCUGAGUGCAUGCAUUAAAAACAAAAUGCAUCAUUUCACAGAUGUCAGACUACUUUUAGUGGCUUCAGAACAUGAUUUUACAGCUUAAAAGGAGGGGCGUAGAAAAGGAAUGGCAAGAGGUAAAUGCAUAAUUCAGUUGUUAAAUUUUUGAAAUAGGUGAACUCAUUUUAGGUAAUCAUGUAAGAAAAUACAUUAAAUAUUCUAAUGGAGAAAAGGUAAAGAGAAAGGACACAAUUUUUAUUACCUUUUCUGUUUCUUUCAGCACAUGAAACAAUUAGCUUAAAUACACCAUUUCAAAGCUUAAGAAGCUUUUAUCUGGAAAUGCAUGAGAGGUUGUUACUGGAUGCUGAUGUGAAAAAAGGCAUUUAUUUUCAUUUCAGCAGUUGAAAAGAUAGUCUCCUAUGAUGCCCUUCAAAAGGCAGUGUUUUGUUUUGCUUAUAUUGAAUUGCCAUAAAUCCUUAGCAUAACUUAUUCUUUUGUGAGUGGUAUGUUCAUAUUAAAUCAUUUCCUGCAGCUGGCUUUCCUAGGGGUCAACAAUACUGUUUCAAGUUCUGCAGGUACAUAGUACACAUUCCCAGUGCAAAUGGAACAUUGUGUACAAACACUACAUAUAUUUAGAAAACAAGUUUAAUUCUCUGUAAUCUUUGCUAUGCAGAUUGCUCUUUCAGUAAAAUGUUAUCCAGGCUGCAUUAAACCUAGCUGCUGCUUUGCUGCA